GUGUUGUCUAAAUUCAUCUGUCACUUGUCAAUCUGUCAACUCGUAAAAUUUGGUGUGGUUCAAAAAGUUGUUUUCAGUGUUUUCGUCCCUAUUUUAACUAAAAAUCACUCAACCCAACUAAAGUACAAAGCAUUAAUGUGCUUUAGAAAACCCCAAAAAUUGGAGAAAAUCGCCCAAAAAGCCUCAUUUUGGAAGUUUCUGUCUUGUAUCAAGUGUGAAUAAUGAGCACUCAACCAAGUCCAGCGAACCAAACCGUCGAAAGAGAGAAAGUUUUCCAAUGGAUUCUCGAACUUACGAAUCCCGAGACUCGCGAGAAUGCCCUUUUAGAAUUAAGUAAGAAACGUGAAGUUGUGCCUGAUUUAGCCCCAAUGUUGUGGAACAGUUUCGGGACAACGGCAGCCCUCCUGCAAGAAAUCAUUAAUAUUUACCCCGCUAUUAAUCCAGCCACCUUGACCGCCCAUCAAUCCAACAGAGUUUGUAACGCUUUGGCCUUGCUCCAAUGCGUGGCUUCGCAUCCAGAAACCAGAUCGCAGUUUUUACUCGCCCAUGUGCCCCUUUUCCUCUACCCAUUUUUGCACACAGUGUCCAAAACGCGGCCUUUCGAAUACUUGAGAUUGACAAGUCUUGGGGUGAUUGGUGCAUUGGUCAAGACUGAUGAGCAAGAAGUUAUCAAUUUUCUUCUAACGACUGAAAUAAUUCCCUUGUGUUUGAGAAUAAUGGAAUCUGGAUCUGAAUUAAGCAAAACCGUUGCGACGUUUAUCUUGCAAAAGAUUUUAUUGGACGAUAGUGGCCUUUCAUACAUUUGCCAGACCUACGAUAGGUUUAGUCACGUGGCUAUGAUUUUAGGUAAAAUGGUGUUGGCUUUGGCAAAGGAGCCAAGUGCGAGGCUUUUGAAACAUGUGGUACGUUGUUAUCUGAGAUUAUCAGAUAAUCCAAGAGCAAGGGAAGCUUUAAGGCAGUGCCUACCUGACCACUUACGCGACAAUACAUUUACAGUGUGUUUGCAAGAAGAUAAAUCAACCAAACAUUGGCUUUCGCAAUUGUUGGCGAAUUUAGAAACACCCGGUACUUCGGAAUUGCAUCAAGGUGGUAUAUCGCCAUUGACGUCACAGUAGUUGAAAAUUGUGAUUUAAAAACGUUUUUUCUUUAGUUUAGGUUAUCAAGUGUGUUAAUAACGAACGAAAGCAAUCAUUGUUCUUGUAAAUAUGUCAACAAUGUCAACAGAUCAUUUUACUUUGUAUCAUUUUUAUAUCUUUUAGGAUGCCAGAUGUAUAUUUAAAUUUUUGUGAAUUAUAAUUGAAAUAA